AUGACUCCAAGAAGAAAAGAUUUUCAAUCAACAGAUAAAAGUAGAAAAGAAGACGAUGAACAAUCGAAUGAUUCCAGUGACAUGAGUAAUGAAGACGAUGGCGGUUCAGAAUCAGAAUCUAAGAUUGAGGGAGAGAACGGUCAGGAAUCUGCCAAUGCGAGUGAUGAGGAGGAAGAUGACGAAGGUUCAAGCAGUGAUGAAGAUGCGGAACCGAAUAACGAGGUGGACAAAGAAUUUAAAUCACCUGUGCAUUCCGAUGACGAUGACGUUGACUCAGAUUUUGAUAAGCCAGAAGAAGAAGACGAAUCUGUAAGCGGAGAGGAAGAAGACGGGCAACCACGGAGGAAGAAGAGGAAGUUUAAUGAACCAAAACGAGGAAUGACUGCAGACGAUAUUCUGUCAAAAAACAAAAAAUGGGCAAUGUCACGAUUGGCUGGAAACAUGGUCCCAGCCAACACCGUUGAUGAUAGAACGCAAGCCGCAAUGUUGAAAGAAGCGGAAAGUACCGAAAAAAUGAAUGUGGAAUCACUGAAAAAGUACGAGGAAUUUGAACUGGAAAGAAAGAAAAGAAGAGAGAAGAACUCGGUUCGAGUAUUUCCGCCAGGACCACGUGAGCAGAUAAAAAUGACUGCCACUGGAACGACCGUCACUGUAUCUGAAAUUAAAGGGUUUCGUCAGAUAAUCGACGAGUGCUCUACUGGCGGAAAAGGGUCGUGCAUUCUGUACGUCCUUGAAUAUCCACUUGUCCCGUUAUCUUGGAGACACUUUUCAGAAGUUUCUUUUCUUUCUAUAUGA